CAGAGAGACACAUAUAAAUAGUGAGAGAGUGAGUUCCCCUGCUCACUGGCCACCACUCACUUUCUGCAUCUCUCUGGGACGUGCAUCACCCCUGCAGGAUGUGGGCAAAGACAGUUACAGGAAAUUUUGCCAAGGUGAUUCACGGUUUGAAUGCAAAUCAGUUGACAGAUCAAGUAAUUCAGAGAAGUAAGCGAAUGAUUCUGGAUACUCUUGGAGUGGGGCUUCUGGGCACCAGCACCGAGGUCUGCCACAAAGUGGCACAGUACAGCAAGAUCUACAGCACAGAUUUAUCCAGUACCAUCUGGGGCCACUUGGAUUUCCGACUGCCUCCUCUGUAUGCAGCUUUUGUGAAUGGAGUGGCUGUGCACUCAAUGGACUUUGAUGACACCUGGCAUCCAGCCACACACCCAUCUGGGGCUGUGCUCCCUGCACUGAUUGCACUCUCAGAGGCCUUUCCUCAGAAGAAAAAAAUCUCAGGUCUUGAUCUGCUCUUAGCUUUCAAUGUGGGAAUCGAGGUGCAAGGCAGAUUGCUGCACUUCUCCAGAGAAGCCAGGAAUAUUCCAAAAAGGUUUCACCCACCAGCUGUGGUUGGUACAAUGGGGAGUGCAGCAGCUUGUGCUAAACUGCUAGCUCUUGACCAGCCAGAUUGUAAAAAUGCCUUGGCUAUUGCUGCCUCCUAUGCAGGUGCCCCACUGGCCAAUGCAGCAACUCAAAUAAAGCCCCUCCAUGUUGGGAAUGCUGCCAAGCACGGACUGGAAGCAGCUUGUUUAGCUUUACAGGGCCUUCAAGGAAACAAACAGAUCUUGGACAUGGAGUCAGGGAUGGGUGCCUUUUAUACAGAUUACAGCCCACAGACUCUGCCAACCUUGCACUCCUACCCCUGGCUCUUGGACCAGCAAGAUGUGGCCAUCAAACGCUUUCCUGCUCAUCUUGCAACACACUGGGUGGCUGAUGCAGCAUCUUCUCUUAGGAGGAAGCUUGUGGAGAGAACUGAGAACUUGUUCCCCCUUGAUAAAAUUGAGAAAGUCAUUCUCAAAGUCCCUGAGGUCAAAUAUGUGAACAGACCCAGCCCAGCCUCAGAGCACGAAGCACGACACUCCUUCCAGUUUGUUGCAUGCUCUGCUUUGCUGGAUGGCAGCAUGUCAGUCGAGUCCUUCACCAGUGAGAAUGUUCACAGGCCGGCCCUGCGAGCACUCCUCUGCAAAACACAGCUGGAGCACCCUGCUGACAACACCCCCAGCUUUGACAGCCUUUACUGCGAAGUCAGUGUCACGCUUCGGGACGGCAACACCAUCAGCGACCGCUGCACGACCUUCUACGGGCACUGGAGGAAACCUCUGGAAAAGGAAGACUUGGAGAAAAAGUUUCAAUCCAAUGCACUUGGCACCCUGCCUGCAGAAGCCGUGGAAGGCAUUAUAGAGACUGUGUACAACCUGGAAAAAGUAGAGGACUGUUCUGUGUUAAGUACAUUUCUAUCAGGACAGUCAGCUAGAGCGCUUCCAGAGAAGCUGCGCCUCCUUUGAAUGUUCCAGCCAACAGCUACAUGCUCUUCACAAAGCCAAUGCAAAAUUCAGGACAAACUCUUACUUGGUGACUCAAGCACUUUUAAAUAAGACUCCUGGAACACAAGAACUAUAUUCAGUCCGAUAUUGUGGGCUUUGACAAAGUAAGUAAUUUGGUGAUUAUGUGCCCAGCUUAGCCAGGCUGAACAGAAGAUCCUCUGCUGGCACAGCCAACUCCAGCUCUCUUUGUAUCUCUACAGGCAGAGUACUCACCGCUUGCACAUGGCACAAAAAUCUCCCUGCUCUUCUGCCAAAAAUCUGUGUUCUGCUUCUCCUAAAUAACUCCAUACAGGAAAUCCAAAUUCUGGAAGAAUUUGGAAGUGCUGUGUCUGUGAAAAUCACCGUGG